GGCUGAGCCGGGUGCUUGUGCCCGUAGGUUCCCUGUCGUCGCUUCCAAAGGGAAACCCCACAAUGUCCGGAGGUCUCGAUGUCCUGCAGAUGAAGGAGGAGGAUGUCCUCAAAUUCCUCGCUGCCGGGACCCACCUGGGAGGCACCAACCUUGACUUCCAGAUGGAGCAGUAUAUCUACAAAAGGAAAAGCGAUGGUAUUUACAUCAUCAAUCUGAAGAGGACCUGGGAAAAACUCCUCCUGGCAGCCCGUGCCAUUGUUGCCAUUGAGAACCCAGCUGAUGUGAGCGUCAUUUCUUCUAGAAAUACUGGACAGCGUGCCGUUCUGAAGUUUGCUGCUGCUACUGGGGCUACUCCUAUUGCUGGACGUUUCACCCCCGGUACCUUCACAAAUCAGAUCCAAGCAGCUUUCCGUGAGCCACGGCUCCUGGUUGUUACGGACCCCCGGGCUGAUCAUCAGCCGCUGACAGAGGCGUCUUACGUCAACAUCCCCACCAUUGCGCUGUGCAACACCGACUCCCCACUGCGCUAUGUGGAUAUUGCUAUUCCCUGCAACAAUAAGGGAGCCCAUUCAGUGGGUCUGAUGUGGUGGAUGCUGGCUCGGGAGGUCCUGCGGAUGCGUGGCACCAUCUCCCGUGAGCACCCGUGGGAAGUCAUGCCUGACUUGUACUUCUACAGGGAUCCCGAGGAGAUCGAAAAGGAGGAGCAGGCUGCUGCUGAGAAGGCCGUAACGAAGGAGGAGUUCCAGACAGAAUGGACGGCCCCAGCUCCUGAAUUCACCGCUCCUCCUCAGCCCGAGGUCACAGAUUGGUCUGAGGGAGUGCAGGUCCCGUCCGUGCCCAUCCAGCAGUUCCCCACAGAGGACUGGAGCGCCCAGCCUGCCACCGAGGACUGGUCGGCAGCUCCCACAGCCCAGGCUACCGAGUGGGUUGGCACUGCCACGGAGUGGUCUUAACUUCAGUCCCGCUAUACUGUGAGAGAAAUAAAGACGGGUUUAGUACAC